AUGGUCACCAGUGUCGAGUAUCUCCUGGCCUUCCCACCCGACGGGGACACGACGGACAAGGUGUAUGACAAGGCAGCCAGGAACCAUGUUAAAGCCAUUACUGGAUUUCUUACCGAUCAAAGCUCUACUAAUAAGGCCACCUCCGGCGAGCUCUUCCAGGCGUACAUCCACCCCGGCGCAGCCAAACAAUACCACACUUUGAGCAAGCCCUACGCGGACUUUGCUAGCCUCUUCUCGACUUACAACGUGUCCCAGCUCAUCAGCGAAGCUACCAAAGGAGCGGCAAUCUGGGAAGAGGAUGGCAACAAUGAUCUUAUCAAGGAAUGUUUGAAAGGCUACCAGAAGUGGCAGGUUAUUGGGUUGUCUCAGAUCUACUGUAAACUGAGCAUUCGUGAGCUCAGAGAACAGACGAAGAGUGCUGAGACGGGACAGCUUCUGGCAACAGACCAAGAAGUAGAAGCUCUUGUCCGUGAUAUGAUCGCAACGGGCAUGCUCAAAGGGUCCCUCGAUACCGACACCAACGGCACAAGCUAUCUUGCCUUCCUCCCUGAUGGAGAGGUUCUCUCUGAGACGGAGUUUGCGCAAGAAAUCAAGAAGGCGGUCGACAAUCUCAAAGCCCUCGGCAGCAUCGUUGAGACAACCGAUUCACGCCUCAUGGCAUCUCGAGACUACGCUAGGCACAUUGCACGCGAGCAGAAGCGCCAAGAGAAGGAGGGGCACAUGGCCGACCAAGGCUUUGGCUUUGACCAGUCCAUUGAGGACGAGGACCUCAUGGUCGAUACCAUACAGCACGGUUAG